AUGCUCAUUGCCGAGACUGCUCAAUUCAAGCAAGUGUUUUUUGUCAUCGAUGCUCUAGACGAGCGACUUGAUCAUGGCCACGCGUACGCGUUGCUGUCAACUCUGUCAGCAACUAAAGCCAGCGUCCUGAUCACUUCUCGAGAUAUCGGAUCUAUCAGCGAAUUUCUCACCGAGACUGGUGCUGAAAUGUUGGAAGUGUCGGCCCAGCCUGACGAUCUGAGGGAGUAUCUCAACUACCGGUUCACGGAGCCUCAAGCGUACGAGUUCUCCGUGAUUGUGAGGAAAGUAGCCCGCUUGCAGGCUGAUAUAGUGGAAGCUCUUCUAUCAAAAGCACUUGGCAUGUUUCUAUUGCCACGAAUGCAUAUGGAUCUGCUCAUCGACACCGUGAAGAACUAUCCAACAGAGAAUACCAUCCGGCAGACCAUCAAAGAGAUUGACAAAUUGCCUUCUGGGCUGCAAAAUACUUAUGAUGAGUAUACGGCCAGGAUCCUUCGAGGACAAUCAGCCGAGCAUGCCAAGGAUGUCCUAGCCUGGGUCAUUUAUGCAAAACGGCCCUGCCCGAUACGAAUAAUUCAAGAGGCCAUUUCUUUGCAGCGCCACGGAAACAGGAUCGAUGACCGUAUCGAUGCCAAUGAUUUGCUGAAAAACUGUAUAGGGCUCUUGGCGGAAGAAGUCUCGUCCGACAAGGCAGUCAAAUUUGUUCAUCCAGACAUGGAACGGUACUUCCGUAGCCCGGACAACAACAUCAAGAUUCAAGAGUGCCUGCCGCAGGGUGAAGAGCGCAUAGCUAUAUCGUGUCUGAGAUGCCUGCUCUUGGACAAGUCGCUCGAACUCGAGGAUUCUAUCUUAUGGCCGUAUGCCGCAGACCACUGGGCCUUCCAUGUCCAGAACAGUCAUAUGGAACAUCACUACUUGACUCAAGAUUUCCUGUCACAGUCUGAGAAGGUCAGCGCAGCCAUGAUGCACAUCAUCAGUCAGCCUAGCAUCAUACCGCAGUUUGAAUACGAUCCAACGCUCAACAAGGCAGAAUUCGCCACGAUCUGCCAGCAUAAGAUUCGAUCAAUUUGCCUUGGAUGGCACGCAGCCGCUUUCUUCGGACUCCUGGGGUAUCUCCAGAACGCCACUCCAGAAGACAUUGAAUCUCGGGAUGAGAAUGGGUGGACUCCACUUUGGUGGGCCAUACUGGGGAGACACGACGCCGUGGUAAAGUUCCUGCUGCAGCGUGGCGCAAAUGUCGACGUGAGAAGCUGCACACAGGACAUGCCGCUUGUCAUUUGGAUGUUCAGGGUCCAAAGAGUAUUCAUGAGGGACAGGACCAUCGAGAACAUCAUUUUCAUCGAUCGCGGAUCAUUAAUAUACCAUGGAAAUGUGCACACUUUGCCCUUGGAGCUAUCUUUCCCUAAUCUCAUGCGCAAUCUUUGGUGGAAGACAUGGUGGAUUACCAACGAAGCUACAGCUCUUAAUCUUAUUAACAAGAUACCAAGAGAGGAGCUGAAUGCAACCGAUCAGGACGGAAAUACAGUCCUCAUGACAGUAGCCAGCUUUUGGGAUUGGAAGGCCGUGAGCCGGCUGCUGGACCGAGGCGCAGAUGUCUCUCUCAAAAAUGACUUAGGACAGUCGGCCUUCCGGCGAGGGCUAACAGAACGACGCCAACGCCUCAGUGUGAGAGAUGUCAUACUUCAGGAUCAACGCCGUGUUCGUAUCGGGGACGACCUGAUACUCCCAUGUUCGACCACUCUGGAUCAAUUCAGUUUCGGGAUCAUAGAACAGACAGUUGAGACGAUGCUGGUUCGUCUGGUUCCGGAAGACUUGAAUAUGGACCGAGCCGGAUGUGAAGAAGCAUUUCGUCUUGCCAUCAUUUACCAUCAUACGCGUAUCGUCCACGAGCUCCUCGAGCUCGGUGCUGAUCCGAAUAUGAUAUUCUGGGAGGAUGGGCUGACACCGUUAGGAGCUGCAUGCACGCCUAUGACCCAUAUUGUAUUCAAGGUUAAGAAUGCGAUUGUUACCGAUCAAACCGUCUUGGACGUUGGGAUGAGCAUGGUAAAAGAGGACAAGUCCGCUGAGUCUUACCACGAGAGACUUACCUUGAUAAAGUUGGCACGAGUUGACUAA